GUAGAAUUACCUUCUGAUCUUGUAUUUAUGGUUCUUCAACGGCUCUCCUGCAGUUCCAUUUUAAAUUUCAAAAUUCAAAGUCCUGUUCUGCAGUCUGAUCUCCGCCCUUAGCAAUGGCGACUGCUGAGGCCUUCCAAACUACACCAUCCAAAACACCGGCAUCUCAAAGGACCACAGCCGCCGCCACAGCGACAUCUUCCCAUUCUAAGAAACAUCACCACCGACACCACGACGUUCCCUCCGCUGCUGAAAUGAGGACUCGGUUCGAAGCCUAUAAUCGCCUUCAAGCAGCUGCUGUUGCCUUCGGAGAGAAGUUGCCGAUACCGGAGAUCGUCGCUAUUGGUGGACAAUCUGAUGGGAAGAGUUCUUUACUCGAAGCCUUACUGGGGUUCCGCUUCAACGUCAGAGAAGUUGAAAUGGGUACUAGACGUCCUCUUAUUCUGCAAAUGGUCCAUGACUCCACUUGUUUGGAGCCUCGAUGCCGUUUUCAGGAGGAGAAUUCUGAAGAAUAUGGGAGUCCAAUUGUAUCUGCCUCUGCAAUUGCUGAUACCAUAAAGUCACGGACAGAAGCACUAUUAAGAAGAACUAAGGAUGCGGUGUCAUCGAAAUCCAUUAUCAUGAGAGUAGAAUAUGCACACUGUCCUAACCUUACCAUUAUUGAUACACCAGGAUUUGUUCUAAAGGCAAAGAAGGGUGAACCUGAUAACACACCUGAUGAAAUUCUAUCAAUGGUGAAGUCACUAGCAUCUCCACCUCACCGCAUUAUAUUGUUUCUUCAGCAGAGCAGUGUGGAGUGGUGUUCUUCUCUAUGGUUGGAUGUUCUUCGUGAAAUUGAUCCAAGUUUUAGGAGGACAAUUAUUGUUGUCUCCAAAUUUGAUAACAGGCUCAAGGAGUUUAGCGACCGAUGGGAAGUUGAUCGCUAUUUGAGUGCAAGUGGGUACCUUGGGGAUAAUACUCGUCCAUAUUUUGUGGCACUGCCCAAGGAUCGAACUGCGGUCUCUAAUGAGGAGUUCCGCAAGCAAAUAUCUCAGGUUGAUGCAGAAAUAUUGCGGUAUCUGCGGGAAUCUGUUAAGGGGGGUUUCGAUGAGGAGAAGUAUAGGUCCAAUGUUGGGUUUGGUUGUCUUAGAGAUUAUCUGGAAACUGAGCUCCAGAAAAGAUACAAAGAAGCUGCACCUGCGACACUGGCCCUGCUUGAACAGCGGUGUAGUGAAGUAACUACUGAAAUAGCCAAAAUGAAUUCCAAAAUACAGGCGACAUCUGAUGUUGCACAUCUUCGAAGAUCAGCCUUGCUGCAUGCUGCUGCUUUAUGUAAUCACGUGGUGGCACUUAUCGAAGGAGCAGCGGACCCUGAACCCGAGCAAUGGGGAAGAACGACAGAAGAGGAAAGGUCAGAGAGUGGUAUUGGCAGUUGGCCUGGUGUUUCAACAGAUAUUAGACCUCCAAAUGCAACACUUUCCCUUUAUGGAGGUGCUGCAUUUGAAAGGGUUAUGCAUGAAUUUCGAUGUGCUGCGUAUUCGAUUCCAUGCCCCACUGUGUCGAGGGAGAAGGUAGCAAAUAUUUUACUAGCCCAUGCUGGCAGAGGUGGGAGUAGAGGGAUUACAGAUGCAGCUGCAGAGAUUGCAAAGGCUGCAACACGCUCUUGGCUUUCUCCUCUUCUUCAAACUGCUUGUGACCGUUUGUCCUUCGUUUUAGGAAACCUCUUUGAACUUGCCAUUGAAAGGAAUUCUCAAUGUGGUUCACAAUAUAGGGAUAAAGAUGGAGAUGUUAAUGGAUAUGUUGGUUUCCUUGCCUCUCUAAGGCAGUCUUACAACCGCUUUCUAAAAGAUCUCUCAACACAGUGCAAGCAACUUCUUCGGCAUCAUCUUGAUACGGUUACUAGCCCUUACUCCCAGGUGUGCUAUGAGGACUCAUUGGGCACUUCUUUUGGAGCUGCUCCAAACUCUAUAUAUGGCUUCAACCAAGCCUCAACUGGUUCAUUUUGUCUUGAACUGUCUGAUGGUGGCGGUGGGCCCUCAUGUCACAAGGAGGUGGUGGUAACUGAAGAAAACCAAGAAAAUAUGCCUCCUGGACAGAUUCUGGAGGAAACAACACCAGUAAAAUCUGGAGAGACCAAAAGAGGGGAUGCUCUUCGUGAAUGUCAAAUGACUGUGCCUGAAACACCAUCUCCUGAUCAACCUUUUGAUGACGCAAAUUAUGGGUUAAAAAAGGAACUUGUGAACUGUGUUGAAGUUGGAGCAAGAAAACGCCAUUCUAGACUGAUUGGCAAUAACAGAAACCCUGAUCAUAUGAGAGGCCAAAAGGUCAGCCGCUCGUUAGCGAGUGGGAGUAGCAAUUCCACAAUGUCACCUUAUGCAGAGAUAUGUUCACUUGCUGCAAAGCAUUUCGGUCGAAUGCGAGAUGUUCUGGUUGAGCAGAGUGUGUCAUCAACUAUGAACUCUGGCUUUCUCACUCCUUGUCGAGAGAGGCUUCUGGUGUCACUUGGAUUGGAUUUGUUUGCUGUCAGUGAUGAGAAAUUCAUGGACAUGUUUGUUUCACCCGGAACCAUUGAUGUCCUUGAGAGUGAACGCCAAUCACUCCAGAAGCGACAAAAGAUACUUCAUACUUGCUUGAAUGAAUUCAAAAAUGUGGCUAAAGGACUUUGAUCAGGAUAUUAAAUCCAAAAUAAAAGCUCUCAUGAUCUGAUUUCCUCUGGUAUUGGAUGAUCCACCACCUUUUGGCUUCACUUCUUGUGAAUAGUCAUAGUGUUCUCAUGCUAUCACAAUCUGAAGACCUUAUUCUUGUUGCUUCAAGUGUACCGGCUGAAUUCAUCCACAUUAGAUUCAAGUGUUUCGAUUCUGUAGUUGUUUUAGCUUAGCAAUUCCCAUUCAUUUCUUUUAAUUACCCCCAUGUGAUAUUUUAGCUUAAGCAAUCUUGUAACACCGAUGUAACUGGCCACCCCCUAAAAUCUACUAGCCUUAUCAUGUGCUUGCAAAGAUUAAAAUGCUAUACUUAUUCGUAUCA